CCCUUCCGCUUCACUCAGCGGCGCCAGGGAGCAGGACGGGCACCGGGGCCAUGGAGAGGACAGCGGGCAAAGAGCUGGCCCUGGCGCCGCUGCAGGACUGGGGCGAGGAGACCGAGGAUGGCGCCGUGUACAGCGUCUCCCUGCGGCGGCAGCGCAGCCAGCGCUCGACCCCAGAGAGGCCUGGAGAAGGCCAGACCCCCAUCCCUGCUACCGACACCUUCCUUCAUUACCGAACCAGCAAGGUGCGGGCGCUGAGGGCCGCCCGACUGGAGCGGCUGGUGCAUGAGUUGGUGUCCGGAGACCGCGAGCAGGAUCCUGGCUUCGUGCCUGCCUUCCUGGCCACCCACCGGGCCUUUGUACCCACAGCCCGCGUUUUGGGUUUUCUGCUACCCCCGCCACCGCCGCCGCCACCACCUCCUGCUGGGGUAGACAGCAAGAGGACAGAGGGACAGGAUCUGAACUUCAGCAAGAACUUGAGGGCUGUAGUUUCGGUGCUGGGUUCUUGGCUGCGAAAUCAUCCUCAGGACUUCCGGGACCCCCCUGAUCAUCAGAACCUAGGCAAUGUCCGAAUCUUUUUGGGCUGGGCAGCCCCAGGAGGGGCAGAAGCCAGGGAAGCAGAGAAACUUCUAGAAGAUUUCUUGAAGGAGGCUAAGGGAGAGCAGACAGAGGAGGAAAAGCGACUGGCUUGGUCAGGCCCUCCUAGGACUGCCCAGACCCCCGGAUCGGAGUUUGCGGAGGACUGUGUGGAAGAGGAAGGCCCUAGUUCAGAAGGCCCAGAGCUCCUGGACUUCAGCGUGGAUGAUGUGGCAGAGCAGCUGACCCUUAUGGAUGUGGAGCUCUUCUUGCGCGUGCGGUCCUGCGAAUGCUUGGGUUCCAUGUGGUCUCAACGCGACCGGCCUGGAGCUGCAGGCAUCUCUCCCACAGUGCGUGCCACCGUGGCCCAGUUCAAUACGGUGACCGGCUGCGUGCUGGGCUCGGUGCUCGCUGCGCCCGGCCUGGCGGCCUCGCAGAGGGCACAGCGCAUCGAAAAAUGGAUUCGCAUCGCCCAGAGGUGCAGGGAACUACGAAAUUUCUCUUCAUUGCGAGCGAUCCUGUCUGCCCUGCAAUCUAACCCCAUCUACAGACUCAAGCGCAGCUGGGGAGCUGUGAGCCGGGAACCGCUGUCUGUUUUCAGGAAACUUUCGCAGAUUUUUUCUGAUGAGGAUAACCAUCUCAGCAGCCGAGCGAUUCUUUCCCAGGAGGAGACCACUGAGGAGGAUGACUGCCCCUCAGGAAGUCUGCCAUCAAAACUACCCCCAGGUCCUGUCCCCUACCUUGGCACCUUCCUCACAGACUUGGUUAUGCUGGAUACAGCCUUACCGGAUACGUUGAAGGGAAACCUCAUCAACUUUGAAAAGAGGAGGAAGGAGUGGGAGAUCCUGGCCCGAAUCCAGCAGCUACAGCAACGCUGCCAGCGCUACAGCCUGAGCCCCCGCCCGCCAAUCCUGGCUGCACUUCGAGCCCAGCGCCAGCUCAGCGAGGAGCAGAGCUACCGAGUCUCCCGUGUUAUUGAGCCACCAGCUGCCUCCUGUCCCAGCUCCCCUCGUAUCCGGCGACGCAUCAGCCUCACAAAGCGUCUCAGUGCGAAGCUGUCCCGAGAGAAGAACUCAUCUCCUGGCGGGAGUCCUGGGGAUCCAUCCUCACCUACCUCCAGUGUGUCUCCAGGCUCACCUCCAUCCAGCCCUAGAAACCGAGAGCCUCCUCCUCCGGGCAGUCCUCCAGCCUCCCCAGGGCCUCAGAGCCCCAGCACCAAGCUCUCCCUGACCAUGGACCCACCAGGGCCCUGGCCUGUGACCUUGACUCCGAGCAGCUCCCGAGUUCCCUUCCUCGGGCAGCAGACUUCAGAGGCCCGCGUCAUCAGAGUCAGCAUCCACAAUAACCACGGGAACCUGUAUCGGAGCAUCUUGCUUACUUGUCAGGACAAAGCCCCCAGCGUGGUGCAAAGAGCCCUGGAGAAGCACAAUGUGCCCCAGCCCUGGGCCCGAGACUACCAGCUCUUCCAGGUCCUGCCUGGGGACAGAGAGCUUCUGAUUCCGGACAGUGCCAACGUCUUCUAUGCUAUGAGCCCAGCUGCCCCCGGUGACUUCUUGCUUCGUCGGAAAGAGGGGACAGGACACACACUGUCUGCCUCCCCAACCUGAGGUGGUGCUCUCCUUGUUCUGGGCCAGAGGCACAGCUGAUAGCUUGGAACUUGGAUUCUACUACUAUCAAAGUAGGGGCCUAUUUUCUGGAGAGCCUCCACCCCCCCCCCCAUGGAAGCUAUUUUGCUCUGUACCCCGGGAUCCCCAGCAUUAGGCCAUUGGACCCCACCUCUCUGACUCCCUGAGCCCCUCCCUGCCCAUUAUUCUAAGACCAUGGAUGUGUGAGGAGAGUGUAAAACUAGGAAAAAUUAAGACCCCAUAGAGCUGGGAGCUUAGCUUAGGUGGGCGAGCACCUGCCUAGCAGGCCCCAGACCCUGGAUGGCUUCUCAGCACCUUCCAAAAAUAAAAGUCUUCAGGGGAUUUGGACCAUAGGAUGCGGUUCAGUCACAUCCUAACAUUCAGGACUUUGAGACCCAGCACUGAGCAUAACCAACGUGGUGAUGCUCACCCACAGUCCCAGAGCUUGGGGGGAGGGGGAGGAGGGACGGAUCAGGACAGUCAUCUUUGGCUACAUAGUGAGUGCAAGGCAAACCUGGGCUACAUCUUGAAACCCCAUUCAAAACAGAAAACUCCUGAGGAGAGGUUGGGGAAAUCCUAAGGGAAGUUCAGGGUUUCCUUGCCCACAGAUUCAGGAGGGGCGGUCCUGCUUUUCUGUCACAUACGUGGAUAAAUGGGAAGAGGGAAAAGGUUAUCCAUCCCUUGCAAAUAUAGACAGUGAGAAACUGGG